AUGAAGACGGAGAGUGUGGUGCAGGCGGCACCUUUCAGCGGGAGGAAGCAGAGUCUGAUCGAAGAUGCUCGCAGGGAGCGCAGCAGCGGCUCCGGUGGCUCCCCGGGGCCCUCCAGGUACGGAGACAGCUUUGUGUUUGAAGAGAAGGACGGCAGGGUCACGCUGAACGUCCUGUUCACUCUCAGCAAUGAGAAAAACGCAGGAUUCUUCAAAACUGGGAAAGUAUUCGAGACGUUUGAAGCUAAACUUCUCCACAUUGAAAGUCGACCAGGGAGGAAGUCAAAAAACAGCACGACAGACCUGGAGUUUUUCAUGAAAUGUGAAGUUCACAGCUCUGACCUGGACGUUUUCAUCAACUCCCUGAAGAGAGUGGCUGAUGAUGUUCGCUCGAUACCAGAGGAAAAAGUUCCCUGGUUUCCUCGACAGAUAAAAGACCUGGACAGAUGCAACAUGUUAAUAACCAAAUUUGAUCCAGACAUGGAUCAGGACCAUCCAGGAUUCAACGAUCCAGAAUACAGAAAAAGACGGGCUUUCAUCGCUGAGCUUGCCUUCAGAUACAAACAGGGGGAUGCACUGCCCAUUGUGGAAUAUACAGCAGAAGAAGUAUCCACAUGGAGGGAGGUUUACCAGCAGCUGCGGAGUAUUUACCCGAGUCUGGCCUGUCGUCAGUUCCUGGACGGUCUGCAGCAGCUGGAGAAAGAGUGUGGCUAUGGAGAGGACUGCAUCCCCCAGCUCAGAGAGGUUUCCGCCUUCCUGAAAGAGAAAACAGGUUUCCAGCUGCGUCCCGUGGCCGGCCUCCUCUCAGCCAGAGAUUUCCUUGCCAGUCUGGCCUUCAGGGUGUUUCAGUGCACACAGUACAUCCGACACUCCUCUGCACCCAUGCACUCCCCUGAGCCAGACUGCUGUCAUGAACUACUUGGCCACAUUCCCAUGUUGUCAGAUAAAGAAUUCGCCCAGUUUUCACAGGAGAUUGGACUUGCUUCGCUUGGAGCUUCAGAUGAGGACAUUGAGAAACUGUCAACGUUAUACUGGUUUACUGUGGAGUUUGGCCUCUGUAAACAGAAUGGAGCGGUGAAAGCUUACGGCGCUGGACUCCUGUCGUCCUAUGGAGAGCUCGUUUACGCUCUGUCUAAUGAGCCAGAGUACAAGCCGUUCAACCCAGAGGAGACAGCAGUGCAGCCGUACCAGGACCAAACCUACCAGCCUGUUUACUUUGUGUCUGAGAGCUUUGAGGAUGCAAAGACUAAGCUGAGGAAGUACUCUACAACCAUCAAGCGUCCCUUUGCAGUUCGCUAUGACCCCUUUACCUGCAGCAUGGAGGUUCUGGAUCAACCCAGCAAGAUCCAAAACGCUCUGAGCCAGAUGAGAGAAGACCUGAAGACCCUGCACAGUGCCUUGGAGAAGCUCAGCUCAUCUUAAGGCCAGGA